GAAAUGUUUUAUACCUUAGAUAAAACCCAUGCCUCAAAGCUCUUCAGUUUCUAAGUAGUCCAUAAAGAAACCACUGGUUGUCAUGUUGUCUUGUGACCCAGCUCUUUCCUUAGCUUUGUACUUCACUACAUCAGCGUUCGGUCGGACCUUCAACACGGCGCCCAACCCCAAGAGAUCGCUACUCAUCCCACUGCCCGAUUAUGGGACGUCUAGGGUAACAAAGUUUGUUGCAAAUCUCCUUGAAACGAUAACUCUAAGCAAACCGGUCGAUGCAUGGCUCGGUGUUGAAUACUCCACUCGUUGUAUAAUAGUUCCUGAGAUGUACAGACCCCUUGAACUUGGUUCACUACUGUGACAGUCUUACGUCACGUAAGAAUAAAGGUUUCUAAGUGGUUGUUUCUACCUUGGUUGGCAGAAUAGACAGUCUGGUACAUGUCCUGCAGGGCAACAACGUGGUGAACGGCCACUCACAAGGCUGUCCGCCCAGAUGAACCAUGGUACGUACCUACUGUACGCAUCACUGUACCAAGCUGAG